GACCCCGCGUCUUGGGAGGGCUGCUACAACGCCGCCGCCCGAUGAGGACGGCGCUGGGCGUCGACGUCCUUCGAGGAAGAGAGAAUCGACGAUGACCAAGAUGGUCCACGAUGACCAAGAUCCGCCGUUCGCGAGGAUGAUCCACACUGUUGGCGAUGGCCAGUGUGGAGGAUGGAGAAGCAAAAGGAGGGGGACGGGGAGGAGCAGGAAGAUGACCACCCAGCAUCACCCAACUUUCCCCCCCGCCGCCCGCGAACGCGUGCAGCGAAGCUGGGGGCAGGAAGUUGGUAAUUCGUGA